UUUCAAUCAAUCCAUAAUGAGGAAGAGGGUCAUCUUCUGUGGGAGGUGGCUGCAGGCCAUUGAAGAACACCUGCGAGCCUUUAUAAGGUGAUGAUAUCAUGGUCCAUGGUCCACUCUCACAGCUUCUCGCUGGCUUCAUUUCCUCUAGACAGUGUUGCACUUCACUACAGUCUGCCCAAGGUCAGUGGAGGAUGAUCCUACUCAUGUGGUGCAUGCUCGUCCCCUUCUUCAUUUCUGCCAGUAAGGAAAUUGUGUUGGAUAAAAGAAGUCACCUGAUGAGAUGGCAUUCGUAUCAGAUGGAAAAGGAACAAAACAUAAUUCGGAACUACAAGAGACAUUCCGAAGGGACUUACACCAGUGACCUGACUGGGCAUCUGGAUAAAAUGAAGGCCAAAGACUUUGUGGCGUGGCUGACCAGCACCAAGCGAGAAGGAUGUCAUGGAAAGCUGCUCAGAAUCGCAGCAGAUGUUUAAGAACUUGUCCCAGGAGCAUGUAAAACUGUCCCCAUUAAAAGUGAUGGAUUAUUAUUGUUAUUAUUUUUUUUUUUACAUUACUAUUAUUAGUAGUGGCAGCAGUAGGAAUGGUAUUUAUCAAGAUUUAUUAAAGGAUUUACUUUAUUUGUUUUCAUUUUAAAGGUAUUUUCUUUAGCUGCAAAAUUUGU